GCGCCGGGGCCCCGGGACGGGCUGCGGCGGCGCGCGACGAGAUUCAACUCCUGUGAAGUACUGAGGAAGCCCAAGUACCAUGGGUGUUCAAGGACUUUGGAAACUGCUCGAGUGCUCUGGAAGGGAAGUAAACCCGGAGACUCUGGAAGGAAAGAUUCUUGCCGUCGACAUUAGCAUCUGGCUGAACCAAGCCCUCAAGGGCGUACGGGACCGGCAUGGCAACGCCAUUGAAAAUGCUCACCUUCUUACUCUGUUCCAUCGACUCUGCAAGCUGCUGUUUUUCAGAAUUCGUCCCAUUUUUGUUUUUGAUGGGGAGACGCCGAUUUUGAAGAAACAGACACUGGCUAAGAGAAGGCAGAGGAAGGAUUUGGCUGCUAGUGACUCCAAGAAAACUACAGAGAAGCUUUUGAAAACAUUUUUGAAACGACAAGCUCUCCAAACUACUCUGAGAGGCAAAAGAGAUGAAGCACUCCCCAGUAUUACUCAAGUUCACAGAGCGAAAGUGGAUGACAUCUUUAUUCUGCCCUCCUUACAAGAGGAAAAAAACAGCUCAGAUGAGGAAGAUGAAAAAGAGUGGCAAGAAAGAAUGAGCCAAAGGCAGUUGUUACAGGAAGAGUUCUUUCAUAAUCCUAAUGCGAUAGACAUCGAAUCAGAGGACUUCAGCAGUCUGCCUCCAGAAAUAAAGCAUGAAAUCUUGACCGAUAUGAAGGAAUUUACAAAGCGGAGGAGAACGUUAUUUGAAGCAAUGCCGGAGGAAUCCAAUGACUUUUCGAAAUAUCAACUCCAGGGCCUGCUUAAAAAAAACAUUUUAAAUCGCCAUAUAGAACAUGUUCAAAAAGAGAUGAAUCAACAGCAUUCGGGCCAGAUCCAGAGACAGUUUGAGCAUGACGGAGGCUUCAUGAAGGAGGUGGAAGCCAGGAGAGUAGUCUCCGAAGAUGCCUCUCAUUACAUCUUGAUCAAAGGUAUUCAAGCCAAGAAAGCUGAAGAGAUGGAACCGGUGUCUGCUGGCCCUUCUUCUAGUAAAGUGUUCAAUCCAACUCUGUUUGAGGCUAAAUUACCUCCGCAUGAGAAAACAAAGCCAGAGAAAGACACCACUACCGAUGAAUCACCCCCUUCUCCAAGGACUUUGUUGGCUAUUCAAGCUGCCAUGUUAGGAAGUAGUUCAGAGGAGGAGUUGGAGAGUGAAAAUAGAAGUCAGUUAAGUAGGAACCGGGCUCACACAUCUGAAACUGUAGUUGAAGGGUCUGUAUCACCAAGAACCCUAUUAGCUAUUCAGGAAGCUCUAGAAGAUAACGAUGUGCAAAUAGUUGCUGGUACGAGUGAUGGCACAAAGAUCCGGUCGGGGGUGAAAGAACUACUGAUUAUCAGCUCAGAUGAAGAAGAUCGAGUCCCUAAAGUGAGAAAUGGCAACACAUUAUUAUAUACAGCAGCAGUACAUUCAACCAGUCAAGUCUCUGAACAAGGUGAUGAAUCCACCAUUAAGGAUGGAAAAGAACAGACGACGCGAUCGGUAGGUACAGUCGUAUUGCAAGAUGGCAAAGUCAGCGUGCAGGAUGGAAGAAAACGGACAACAAUACAUCCGGUAAGUAUAGUUGUAUCGCAAGAUGGCGGCGCCAAGGAUGACGAUGGAAAAGAACAUACGGCGACACAUUUAGUGAGUUCAGCUGUACUGCAAGAUGUUGACGCCAGUAUUAAGGAUGGAAAAGAACUGACAACAAUGCGUUCAGUACGUGCAGUUGAGUUGCAAGAUGAUGAAUCCAAUGCUCAGGAUGAAAAAAUACCGGCAAGUAUAUCUCACCCUACAACUACAGUUUCUAGUCAAGACGGAAAACCUGAGUUUCAGAUUAGAAAAGACCUGAUCCCUACAAGUACUUCAACACACUCAGUCUUGGCUCAAGAGGAUGAGUUUGGUCCCCAGAUUCCUGAUUUCAAACUGGACCAAGGGAUAUCCCAAAGCGAACGUGAUUCCUCCACUCUGGUUACUUCAAGCGACGACGAAAGAGAAGACAAAAAAGACCCUACUUGCAUAAGUGACACUAAUUCCUUUCGAGAAAGGACUACUGUAACAAAAUCGGUCGAAUUGCCAAGGCAGGUUAUUUCAGAGCCUGGGAGUCACGGCGGAACAGUAUUGUCUUGUACGUCUAAAGAAUCUGAGAAUCUACUAAAGACAGUGCAAGAUGUGAAGAAUGACUUUUCCUCUGAAACAUGGAUGCCUGAUGCUCAACUAGUGGAAAUUGAUUCUGAAGAGAGUGCAUCUGAUGGUAGCUUCGUUGCAGUGGACAGUGAAACUAGUGAUGACGAACUUCCGACAGAAGGGUGUGAUGUAUCCGAAGUUUCUACUGAUCACGAUGAAAAAUUAAUUGCUCUGGAGGAGGCUGCCGACGUUGAAAGAAAAGGAGUUGGUGACCCAGAGACUGUCCUGAGAGACAAUGCUGAAGAAGUGGAGUUAGCUAUUCGGGAGAGAGAAGUUGAAAAGGAUGCCGAGGAGGCAGCAGAUGAAUGGCAAGAUAUUAAUUUGGAGGAGCUGGAGACUCUGGAAAAAGACCUUUUAGUGGAGCAGAAUACGCUUCAAGCUCAAAAACAGCAACAGGAACGCAUUGCUUCCACUGUAACGGGGCAGAUGUUCCUGGAAAGUCAGGAACUCCUUCGACUGUUUGGUAUUCCUUUCAUUGAGGCCCCCAUGGAAGCAGAGGCCCAGUGUGCCAUUUUGGAUCUAACUGAUCAGACCUCUGGGACGAUCACGGACGAUAGUGAUGUUUGGCUGUUUGGAGCACGGCAUGUUUAUAAAAAUUUCUUUAAUAAAAACAAGUUUAUAGAGUAUUACCAAUAUGGGGAUUUUUACAACCAACUCGGAUUAGACCGGAACAAGCUAAUCAAUUUGGCCUAUUUGCUCGGAAGUGAUUACACGGAAGGGAUACCAACUGUGGGCUGUGUAACAGCAAUGGAGAUUCUCAAUGAGUUCCCCGGGCAUGGUCUGGAACCUCUCUUACAUUUUUCAGAAUGGUGGAAUGAAGCUCAAAAGAAUAAGAAGAUAAGACCUAAUCCCCACGACACCAAAGUGAAGAAAAAACUCCGGCAACUGCAGCUGGCUCCUGGCUUCCCCAAUCCGGCCGUGGCGGAGGCUUACCUGCGACCCGUGGUCGAUGAGUCGAGGGGAGCGUUCUUAUGGGGAAAGCCUGAUGCAGAGAAAAUUAGACAAUUCUGUCAGCGAUACUUUGGGUGGAACAAGACCAAGACGGAUGAAUCUCUGUUGCCAGUAUUAAAACAACUGAAUAUUCAUCAGACCCAGCUUCGGAUUGAUUCUUUCUUCAGAGUGGAACAACACGAGAAGCAGGAUGCCAAAGGUAUAAAGAGCAAGAGACUAAACAGAGCGGUGACGUGUAUGCUGAGAAAAGAAAGGGAAGGAGAUGCUACGGAAAUACAGGAGGCUACUGCUGCCCUGGAGAAUGAAUUUGAAUUACUUGAGAAGACGAAGGAGAAAACCUCUCGGAAGGCCACAGAAGAACGGAAAACCCCACAAGAUCUGAAAAGGAAGAGACUUUCAAGUCCCGAAGAGGAAAACCGGUGUGGGGGUUUUGUAGGCCAACUCUCUCUGUGCGAAUCACCUGAUGGGCCCUCCGGGGAAGGGGUCGAGAGAACAACUUUAAACAAAACCGAGAGGGGAAAAGGCAGCCGAGAUCCAGAGAUCCAGUCUUCCAGGGUGCGAAAGCCAGAGAGACGUGAGUCUGAGGGAGGGGAGAAGAUGGCGAGCAGCUCUAGCGGUGAAGACGAAGAAACACCGGCAAUCAUGGUGACUGCCAAACCUGUGUUUGAGAAGAAAAAAGGGAAACUGAGAAGUGGGAGGGGAAGAAAAAGAAAAGCUUAAUAAUGAUUUUAAGAGAAUUUUAAAAAUCCCGGUGUGAUAGCGUUUCCUAAUGAAUUUGUGCAGAAACAAAUAAAAUAUCAACUACUCAUGAA